AUGGACACACAGCAACCUUCCACCAGCAAAACACCCGCUAUGGCGAAGCAAGAGGUCGACUCCGAGGCCGGCCAGGUGAUUGCGGUUGGCAAGCAUGACAAAGCCUUGAAUCUGCUGGCGGAGAACCACAUUGACUUCGAUCCUGAUUCCGCCGAAGCAAAACGCCUGCUCCGGAAGAUUGACUGGCGAAUCAUGCCGAUGGUGUUCACGGUGUAUCUGCUGCAAUUGAUGGACAAGAACUCGCUCUCAUUUGCAGCAAUCAUGGGUGUUAGGGAGGACACGAAUUUGACGGCCUCUCAAUACUCCUGGCUCGGAUCCAUCGUGUACUUCGGCUACCUGGGUGGAGAGAUACCUGCAACGUUCCUGAUGCAGCGAUUCCCUUUGGCACGCUACUUAGCCGUGAUGUGCACCAUCUGGGGUCUGGUUGUUGCCAUGCAUGGUGUCUGCCAUAACUUCGCAGGGCUGGCUGCUGUCCGCUUCCUUCUCGGUUUUAUCGAGGUCUGCACUGCGCCAGCAGUCAUCAUGAUCACCGCCUCCUGGUACACCAAGACGGAACAGGUGACGCGCGUCGCGAUCUGGUACACCACUUCUGGUUGGGCCCAAGUCUUUGGUGGUUUCUUCUCGUGGUGCAUCUACCAGGCCGGUAGCUUCCGAUGGCAAGGACUAUUCGUGCUAUACGGAGGCUUGACCUUUCUGACAGGCGUUAAAGUGAUGGCGCUGGAGCGUGUGCGAAGUAACAAGACCGGUACGGAGGUCUGGAAGUUCAACGCCUCGCAGCUGAAAGAGGCUUUCAUGGAUCCUCGCUUCUACGGCGUGUUCCUGCUUCUAGUUUGCACUGGCCUGCCUAAUGGUGGUGUCACGGCUUUUGGUCCCACCAUCAUCCGGGCAUUCGGCUUCAGUGUCAGUCAGACGACCCUACUCAACAUGGGGGUUGGUGGUGCCCAAGUCGUGGGCACGGUGUUGGCUCUUUUCAUUGCCAAGAAGACCAACCGCACCAUAGCGGGUAUCUGGACUCUCAUACUUGCAAUCAUCGGUACCGUCAUGAUGCUCGCUAUCCCGGCACGAUACAAUGAAGCCCGCUACGGUGGCUACAUUCUUCUCUUGCAAUUCCCUAUCUGCGUGCUAUUCAUCAUCACAUUUAUGACAGGAGGUGUCGCGGGAUCGACGAAGAAGUUCGCCUUCGGAGCCGCAUACCAACUGGGUUACGCAGUCGGCAACCUCAUUGGUCCCCAGACGUUUCGUGGCUCUGACGCGCCUGAUUAUCCGAUUGCGAAAUACACCAUGCUUGCUUUCUUGGUGUUGACAGCCAUUCUUCUGAGCUCAUAUGGUGGCUUGCACUACAUCUGGAACAAGCGGAGAGAUGCUCGAGCACGUGUCGAAGGGGAGGAGACACAUAUGGAGAAUGAGGAGUUUGCAGACUUGACUGACUUCAACAUCAAGUCCUUCCGCUAUCCACUUUGA